AUGGUUGCUUCAUACAUGAAGUGGGCUGCCAUGCUCCUGGCAACUGCCCAGCUUGGUGCUGCCCAGACCUAUACCGACUGCGACCCGCUCAACAAGACUUGCCCUGCCAACACUGGUCUGGCGAAGUGGUCGUACAACGUCGACUUCACCAGCGGUUCAUCUGCCUUUGACAGGUGGACUACAACUGCCGGUACCGUCAACAGCACCGACCUUGGGGCACUUUUCCAAAUUGCCGCUGAGGGAGAUGCUCCAACCAUCGAGAGUGAUUUCUAUAUUUUCUUCGGCCACGUCGACGUUAAGCUCCGUGCUGCCAACGGCACGGGUAUCAUCUCUACCUGGAUCAUGGAGUCUGAUGACCUUGAUGAGAUCGACUGGGAGCAAGUUAGCACCUACACUGGCGAGAUCCAGACCGACUACUUCGGCAAAGACAACACUACCGGCUGGGACCGUGCCACCACCGUGAACGUCACUGACCCCGAGACCACUUUCCACACUUAUUCCAUCGACUGGACCGAGGAGCGCAUUAACUGGCUCCUUGAUGGUACCGUCGUGCGCACCCUGGAGUAUGCUGAUGCUCUCAACGGCAAGAACUACCCUCAGACUCCCAUGCGUAUCCGAAUCGGUAUCUGGGCCGGCGGUGACCCCGACAACAGUGAAGGUACCAUCGAAUGGGCUGGUGGUGAGACCGACUACGAUGCCGCUCCCUUCAACAUGUACGUUGAGUCCGUGAAGGUCAUCAACUACAACCCUGCCAAGCACUACAAGUACACCGAUAAGACCGGCGACUACACCAGCAUCAAGGCCUACAACGGAACCAGCUCAAACUCCACCUCUAGCAAGUCAUCCAGCUCAUCCUCGAGCUCGUCUUCCUCCAGUAGCUCUUCCAGCUCUUCCGGCUCUGCCUCUUCUGCUGCCUCUGCUUCAGCUUCAGCUUACGCCUAUUCCGGCGCCUCGGCCUCUAUGGUCUCCUCCAUGUUUGCGGCUUCCAUCGUCGCUAUUAUCGCCGGUGUCUUCCAGCUGUAA